AUGACAAUGGAGGAUCUACUAAAUACUUUAUUGCAAACCCUAUCGGACUGUGAGAAAAAUAUCUGUGCCAUGCUACAGGAGACAUCUAUUCCCAAGCUGCGACCUAGGUGUGUAGAGGAGAUCGGUUCUGAGACCCAUGCUCCUGAUGGUAAGUGUAAAAGGAGUUCUGAUUCUGUUGCAGUUAUUUCUAAUGUUUCUUCCCAGAGGACUGAUGAAGAAGAUAUUUCAGUAGCGUCUGAAGGUGAAAUUUCAGAUUCUGAUAAUGUGACUCCUUUGGCUGAUUCUGAGGUUCUUUCUUUCAGAUUUAAUCUGGAGCACCUCCGUUUGUUACUCAGGGAGGUUUUGACUACUUUAGAUGCCUCUAAUUCGACGGUCAUAGUUACUCCCAAGAAGGCUAGUGAAUUUACAAACUGCAGUAAUCCUAGUCUUAUCCAUGGUGAAAAUACAGAUACUUGUUUCAGUCAUCUUCAAAAUCAAAGAAGCAAAGUGGGAAAAUUACAUUCUGAGUCUGGGAAUUUUUCCGGGAAUUUAAAUCUUUUAAGACAUCAGAAAAUUCAUACAGGAGAGAAAGUAUUUUCAUGUUCUGAAUGUGAGAAAUGUUUUAUUAAGAAAUCUUCUCUUACUAGACAUCAGAAAAUUCAUUCAGGAGAGAAAGCUUUUUCGUGUUCUGAAUGCGGAAAAUGUUUUACUUGGAAAUCCUCUCUUAUUGAUCAUCUGAAAAUUCAUACAGGAGAGAAAGCUUUUUCAUGUUCUGAAUGUGGUAAAUAUUUUGCUCUGAAAUCAAAUCUUAUUGCCCAUCAGAAAAUUCAUUCAGGAGACAAAGCUUUUUCAUGUUCUGAAUGUGGGAAGUGUUUUAUCAAUAAAUCUUCUCUUACUAGACAUCAGAAAAGUCAUACAGGAGAGAAAACAUUUAAGUGUUCAGAAUGUGGGAAAUGUUUUGGGUGGAAAUCAAAUCUUACUACACAUCAGAAAAUUCAUACAGGAGAGAAAGUAUUUUCAUGUUCUGAAUGUGGGAAAUGUUUUAUUGAGAAAUCUUCUCUUACUAGACAUCAGAAAAUUCAUACAGGAGAGAAAACAUUUAAGUGUUCAGAAUGUGGGAAAUGUUUAACUCGGAAAUCAUCUCUUAUUGAUCAUCAGAAAUUUCAUACAGGAGAGAAAACUUUUUCAUGUUCUGAAUGUGGGAAAUAUUUUGCUCUGAAAUCAAAUCUUAUUGGCCAUCAGAAAAUUCAUUCAGGAGAGAAAGCAUUUUCAUGUUCUGAAUGCGGGAAAUGUUUUACUUGGAAAUGCUCUCUUAUUGAUCAUCUUAAACUUCAUACAGGAGAGAAAGCUUUUUCAUGUUCUGAAUGUGGUAAAUAUUUUGCUCUGAAAUCAAAUCUUAUUGGCCAUCAGAAAAUUCAUUCAGGAGAGAAAGCUUUUUCAUGUUCUGAAUGUGGGAAGUGUUUUACUCAGAAACCACAUCUUAUUAGCCAUCAGAAAAUUCACACAGGAGAGAAAGCAUUUUCAUGUUCUGAAUGUGGGAAGUGUUUUAUUCAGAAAUCACAUCUUAUUGGCCAUCAGAAAAUUCACACAGGAGAGAAAGCUUUUUCAUGUUCUGAGUGUGGGAAGUAUUUUACUGAAAAAGCAAUUCUUAUUACACAUCAGAAAAUUCACAGAGGAGAGAAACCAUUUUCAUGUUCUGAAUGUGGGAAAAGUUUUGCUUGGAAAUCAAAUCUUAUUACACAUCAGAAAAUUCAUACAGGAAAGAAAGUAUUUUAAUGUUCUGAACGAGGGAAGUGUUUUAUUGAAAAACCAACUCUUAUUAGACAUCAAAAAAAUCAUACAAAAGACAAAGCAUUUUCGUAUUCUGAAUGUGGAAAAUGUUUUACCAACAAAGGAAAUUUUGUCAUCAAAAUCUUCAUACAGGAGAGAAAGGAUUUCUGUGUUUUGAAUAUGGGAAAAGUUUUGCUCAGAAGUUACAACUUAUAGCGCAUCAGUGAAUUCAUAUGGGAGAGAAAGCAUUCUCAUGCUUUGCACAGGGUAAACCCCUAUAUUAACAUCAAAAGUGCAAGAGCCUUCCAAAAGUCCUUGUCUGGUUUAAGAUAGUCCCCCUAGCUGCAUAACAUUCAUUGUGCUGAAUUAUAACUGUAUAUAUAUUAUUUUUUAUAUUAAAACACUGAAAUAUUA